AUGUCAUCCACCGAGGGCAGCACAGCGCUCAUCACUGGCAACCCCAGCCGCGGCACGUCUGAGUCGUUCAUCGACGAGCAACGGAGCGACCACGGUCUUCUGCAACCUCCGCAGCCAGAACCAUCUCCGAGUCAAGCAUCGUUCGCGCAAGCUCGGCAGAGACGCAAAAUUGCCGAACUGGAAGAGAAGAUAGAGACUCUUGAGUCGGGGCGAGCUGUGAAAGAAAGGCAAACAAACUACUACCUGGCCCAAGGAAGAGGCCUCAGGCGCAUCGUUGCUCUAUUCGAUGGCAUCGAGGAUCUCGUGUCAGAAAAUGACAGAAGAUAUGAUGCCGAUGCCGAUGAAGACGCGGAGGCUGCUACUGUUGACCAAGAUAGGCUGCAUGUAGGGUAUCACGUCCUAACGAGAACCUUUACGUGGUUUGUAAAGAGUGUCUCGGACAUGGAGCACGAUGACUACACGCGGAUGUUAAAAUUUCUCAGGCAAGGAGCUGAUGGCGCUCGAGGAGAUGAUACCUCGAAGCUCAAGACUCUUAUUUCAGACUGGGUUAAUCGCGAACUGAAACCAGACCCUCAAGUUGACUCCGAAGAUAAGCAUUGUCGUGGAUUCGUCAAUGAUGCCUGCGGUAUGUUACUGUGCCCGGCUGAGCUUGACUGGAACAACCCAGCCAUAAGGGCAGGUAUUCGAGAUCGAUCGGAGGGCCAUAUUGUUACGGAACUCUCCUUUCCGACCUUUUUAUAUGAAAAGUACAGUGCAAAUUCGGACGAUCUGGAAGACGGGCUUUUCAAGGGAAAAAUUCUUUUGCAGGGCUAUAAAGCUGUCUUCACCUCACCAUCUUCAGCAAAGGAUACCGAGGGUGACGGCGAUGGCGCAGAUAUCGUCGAGAACAACAGGCGAGCGAAGAAAGCACUUACGGGAGUCAAGGUUAAGAAACACGUGGCACAAAUCAUCAAGAUGGAUAGAGUUACUCCGCGAUCUAUUGCAUACAUUGCCUGUCAGGUGCGAUUCGCGCUUUCGUCCGUUACCUCGUGGCAGGUCGGUCGACGGCCUCCUGGCCGAGAAGCACAGCGCAGAGUCAACAGACUCCUGGAGUGGUGGACCAGGAAGGUUUUUGGUAGGAGUCGCCGCGAGGACCUCAGCGAUGCGACAAAGGCCAACAUGUCUGUGAACGCUCUCGCGAGGCAGAGGGCACACCGCGACGAUACUUCUUUUGAUUCAAACUAG